UGUGUAUGUUUGGCUCAAUAUUUGAUAUAUUGUGUUGUCGAAACUGUCAAACGGUGAUAUUUUAAAAUCGAUCUAGAGCAUAUAAUGAAACAGUUUCCAUGGCAAUCAAUAUGUACGCUGAGACACUUGUAACUCGUUAAUCAGAAUGAUAACGAGAGGAUACUGCUAAAUGUGUGUGCGUUAUAUUUAAGCUUCUUAGCACACACGCAGCAAACAGGACACAACUAUUACACACGCUGCAAAUACACAAUGUAAUUUACAUGAAUGAUUUAGUAGAUGUCAAUAAAGAUUACGAAAAUAAAAGAGGAAAAGGAAAGAUUACUUGGGUCAAAUCAACAUUAAUGGAUCCUGUUAUAUGUAAUAUGUAAAUUUGUGUGCAAAUAUUUUUACGAAAAAACGAUGUUGUCUGAGAAAGGGGAUGUAGUCAAUAUGAAGGAACCCGUUGUCGAGACAACCGGAUGGUUGUCUAAGAGAGGAAGUCAUUUUAAAGUUCUGUCAUUCUGUUUAAUAUGCACGAUUGUCUAUAUUUAUUUAUACUCAAAUUUGACAAUCCGAACGAUGGUUGUUAAUGAUAUGAUGCAGAAUACUAUUAAUGAUCUUCAAAGAUGGAAAAGCAAAGUGGAAGGAUGGGUGAGAGGAUUUUCGGAACUUUCGCAAAAUCAAAGUAUUAUUAGUACUGAGGGACAAGUGCAAACAGAUUAUGGAAUAGAGAGACACAAUGAGUCUAAACAUUUAACCGACCCAGUGCAAACAACAACACAAUCACAAUUAUUUACUCAACAUUGGAAAAAAUAUAAAACACUUAAAGAACGAAUCGCAGCUUUAAAAGAUGCUAUAAUCAGGAACGAGGCUGACCCAUUGUUAACUUUAUUUACAACAUGGCCGACUAAAGUUGACAAAUUCCUUGUACAUAACAGCACGAUUAAAAAUUGGAAUUCAUUAUAUCCAUUUGUAAGAUCGGUUUUCUUUACAAACGAAGAGGAUUUAUCGUCUAGGGUGAAAUCCAUGGGGUGGUCUGUCUUACCAAUUGUACAAUCUGCAGUCGGGAUACCGAUAUUGAAGUACAUGUACACAGAUACAAUGGUGAAAUUUAAGUCAACGUUUUACGCCUAUUCAAACGGUGAUAUAUUAUUCACUGAAGGUUUAGUUGAGACGUUAAUUUCGCUUUUAAGUUCUGACCUUGACUACAAUAAACCGUUAAUGAUAGUUGGUCAGAGAACAAACGUUCAAGAUAUGACAGAGGACGAAACAUCAUCUUUUGACAAAAUCAUACAAGCUUCUAAGCGAGGAAAACUGUUUACACCUUAUGCAGAGGACUUCUUUAUAACGAACGCUAAUUACCCGUGGAAGGAGUGUGCGGAAGUCGUGAUUGGCCGAAGAGCAUAUGACAACUGGCUUGUAUUGAAUGCCAGAAAACGCGACCACAUAACAAUUGACGGUACUAAAACUAUUCUCGCAGUUCACCAAACAACGAAAGCUGGAAAUUUCGAAGGGCAUGGUAGACCAAACAGUAACUAUAAUGAUAGAUUGUUGGUUAAACUUUAUCGUCGCGUUUAUUAUGGAUCAGGGUUAACUUCGUGUACCUCGUACUUCACUCUACCUAGUUCUUCAGGAGAAUCAAAACUCGAAAAAAGAAAGGUUCACAAAAGCUGUUUCCCAUUGUAAGGGUCACGCAAUGUUGUCUGCAACCCGCCACCUGACUUUGCUCUCGAACUUUUAAACUGAAGGUAUAAUACCAGUUUGCUCUCGAACUUUUAAACUGAAGGUAUAAUACCAGUUUGCUCUCAGAAACAGAAUUAUACCUGUUGGUUCUUCGAUACGGAAGGUAUACCUGUUUGCUCUCAGACAUUGAAACCGAAGGUAUACCUGUUUCACGAUAUUUUAUUUCUGACGACUCUCAGGUAGCCAAAUUCUUGCCAAGUAUUUAAAAUAUCAAAGAGAUAUAUAUACUAUUAUACCAGUAGGUGUUUAAGUAAGUGCUAAUUACAUGCAAUGUAUGCGUCAAACAUGAGAUGAUAUUUUAUCCAAUUUACAUGUUGAUAAUUUCCUCCCAGUCCAUGGCGUAUACAAAGUUACAUACAAUCAAAAAUCAUUAAUUUUAAUUUUAUUGUAGUUUAAAGUGACUGAUUGUGUACCUUUAGUUGAUGUCUACCCUUAAGUACUUCAGUGUUUGUCUUUAGUUAUAUCUUAUUGUGUUUGACCUUUAGGGAAUUUUGUAUUGAUGGCAGAUCCAUGUUAAUUAUUCACAAAUUUUCAAUAUACUCGUCGGUUUAUAGAGCUCGGCAUAUUUUGAAAAGACUCGAUUAUUGAAGACUGUAUUACUAGAUGUCUUUAUGGUAUUUUAUGUUGUGGGAUUGCUGUCACAUUGUUGAAAUGCAACAUAUAUUUUUAUUCAUAUUCAGUUUUUCUGAAAAAUGAAUUUAUUAUUUGAAAUUUUUAGUUAGCAUGUUUGACCCGAGAUGAAUAAUCAUUCGAUGUUUUUGUAUUUUUAUUUAAUAUUUUUGUUUAUAUACCCUGUUUAAUUCGUAUUUCUGUUAUACGUUCGUGCAUAAUAUUUACAUAUUCUAUUUUAAUGUAAUUUUAAUGUGACUACACCAUGAUUGCUAUAUUGGAUAGUGCUGACGUCGUCCGAAUGUUGGGUCCUUGAAAUAUUUCCGUUAGAUAACUCGUCUUAGUUGACUGAUCCCCCUCAAGUAAAACCACACUACUUCACACUUGAAGCCGACGGUAUAACAUACGGUUAUUGUGGUCCUGUCGUUGAGAGACAAGAUACAUUUAAGAGUCUGUUUGUUAUACAUGAAAAACAAUGUUCAUCACUUAUCAUAUCUCCAUAAAUGUUGGCAGUACGAGAUAAAAUGUUGAAACAUACGAAAGAGACGGCUGCCAAUUUUCGUAAUUUUUGUUUUGAAUUUUCAUUAAGCUUUUGAAUGCCGCAUGCAUGAAGAAUAUUUGGCCUUUUUCGGAAUCACAUUUUUUUUCUCAAUAUACUAUCCAUUAAUUUAUAAUAAUUGCUUCUUAGACAAAACACCUAAGAAGUACAAUGUACUUAUUAUACAGUCUUAUUAUAUAUCUAGUAAAUAGAUAAUCAGCAUUGAACCAGGAUAUAUGAAUCAGCUACUCAAGUUAAAGACUGUAUAUUGGAAAAUAUCAGUUUAAUAAUAUAUAGUUAACCUGGCCAGAUUAAAUAAUUUCCAAGUGCUAUGAUGUAGACGUUUAAAUUUUUGAAAGUCGGGGGAUUGUGUAAGGGGCUCGUUUCCAAUCGGUUUGUAAUUUGUUCAAAGUGUCCUCACAAUGUAUCAUUGAAAUCCAUUCAGUGGUGCAGGAGUUCUCAAUUUGAAAGGUACAGACAUAAUGCGUAUAGUAUGCCAUCCGGGUCGGUAUGAAAUCAUUUUAUAGCCUAAUUUUGCUGAUAAUCAAUGACUAUAAACGGUCUCAAUAGUUGCCACCUUUUUAGUGUAAAUAUCAUAUAACACUCAAUUAUUUAUGACGCUCUGAAGUAAGAGACAUAUGUUUUACUAUCGAACGUAAACACAGUUAUAAAUUGUAUCAUGUUUCUAAAUUUAAGACAUAAAUUGCACACACAUUGACACAUUAAUUCGUCCAUCUAGUUAGAUGUCAAAGGUUAACAAUGAUUAUAAACCUUCCCCGGAACCCGAUAUUAAAAUGUCUAUUUCCAAAGUUUAUUACAAGAUAAGUUGUAAUACCCAUGCAGGCAGCUGGCUUUUGUUGUUUUCAAUGUAGACGCGUUGUUCUCGGUUUUAGUAUAACGAUAUUAUUAGGCUAAAUAUUUUACCACACUAGUUUGUGUUGUCUGUGCUUUUCUAAAAAUCUAAUUCACGUACUAAUCAGCCACCACGGUUGCGUAAAUAUUGUUGACAUGCAUGUAACUUAUAGGUAACUGAUUGAUCUAUAUGUAACUGUUUUGAUCUCUAGGUAACUGUUUUGACCUGUAGGUAUCUGUUGACACACAUGUAAAUGUAGGGAGGGGGGAUAGUAGCAUGCAUGUAUAUGGGGGAUAGUAACAUACAUGUAUAUAGACCCAUACACGAAAAAACAGUUGUCGAUCUAAGACGGUAUCUUAGGUAUUUUUAGUACAGAUCAGCUAAUCUAUUUAUUUGAGCAUUUUUCUCUUAUUCUUUUUCCUUAAAAUAUUUCCCAUUAUCACAAGGAUUUAGGCGUAAAAUUUCAUCGUACAUUAGUAAUAUGUUUGAUAUAGUUUAAAAUACUCCACCCUAUUAUAAUUGUAUCGUUUUUAAAAUAUUUUUGAAAUAUAUUUUAUGGUUUAAUAUAUGGUAUAUAUAAUUUUUAUAUACAUGUAUAUAUAUCAAUCAAAUGUUUUAAUUUUUUCAGGUAGUUUUAGUAUUGCAUUUUAUUGGUGAAUAAGUCAUGUUUGUUUUUAAAUGACUGUGUUAGUAUUUUGAAAGACCUGUCGUCUUAUUUUGUCAUAAUAUGUAUUACUGCAAUUUAAGCUCUCCACGAUAUAGCCGUAUGCGCUGUUUUAAUUGUAGAUUACAUUAUCCAUGGGGAGCUUUGUGUAGCCAUUUAUUGUUAAUGCAUGAAUAUUUUGCUUGAAAAUCAAAGACCAUAAAGCAUUACACAUCUUGUCAAAAGUAAACUUACAAAGUAUUGUGUAUAUUUAUGUUUUGUUGAAAAUAAAAUUAUUUACAAAAACGAA